UUAAAACAAAACUUAAACGAUUAUAUUUAAAAUAAGUUAUUUGUAUUCAACCGAAAUAUUAAAACAUGUCUUCUUAUGAGAGUGACUGGGAAUGUAAAUAGAAACAACAACACAAGGAAGAAGCUGAAGCUACUGCAUAAAAGUUAUGGCAUCCACGUUGCGAACUUCUUCAAUUGGGGUCUUAUCUUCACGACAUCACUCUCCCCCUUCCAUUUAUUCUCUCUCCCUAACCAAAGGGAAAGUAUCUGUGAGUAAGUUUUGGGGCGGAAUUGGAUUUCAUGGAGUUAAAGAAAAGUCUCAGUUUUCAGUUUUGAGUGUUGCCACUGGAAUUAACUCUCCUCAACAGCAUAUUCAGAUUCAGAGGAUUGUUUCUAAAGAAAGGCAAAGACCGGUGUACCCGUUUUCUGCCAUAGUAGGACAGGAUGAGAUGAAGCUAUGCCUUCUGCUAAAUGUGAUUGAUCCAAAGAUUGGAGGUGUGAUGAUCAUGGGCGAUAGGGGAACCGGGAAAUCUACAACUGUUAGGUCGUUAGUCGAUUUGCUUCCUGAAAUCAAGGUUGUUGCUGGCGAUCCAUAUAAUUCAGAUCCAGAAGAUCCAGAAUUCAUGAGUAUUGAAGUAAGAGAGCGUGUGUUGAAAGGAGAGCAGCUUGAAGUUGUAUUUUCCAAAAUUAACAUGGUGGAUUUACCGCUUGGAGCUACCGAAGAUCGAGUUUGUGGGACAAUUGAUAUCGAAAAAGCCCUGACAGAGGGCGUGAAGGCGUUUGAGCCUGGUUUAUUGGCUAAAGCUAAUAGGGGGAUUCUAUAUGUGGAUGAAGUUAAUCUCUUGGAUGAUCACUUAGUUGAUGUUUUAUUGGAUUCUGCUGCAUCAGGUUGGAACACAGUGGAGAGAGAAGGUAUUUCAAUCGCGCAUCCUGCUCGGUUCAUCUUAAUUGGAUCGGGAAAUCCUGAAGAAGGGGAGCUCAGGCCGCAGCUGUUGGAUAGGUUUGGAAUGCAUGCGCAAGUGGGGACUGUGAGGGAGGCUGAGCUAAGGGUGAAGAUUGUGGAGGAGAGAGGUCGCUUUGACAAAAAUCCGAAAGAGUUUCGAGAUUCUUAUGAAGCUGAGCAGGAAAAGCUCCAGCAAGAAAUUACCUCAGCAAGGAGUUUUCUUGCUUCUGUUGAAAUAGACCAUGAACUCAAGGUGAAAAUCUCUCAGGUUUGUGCAGAUUUGAAUGUGGAUGGAUUAAGAGGAGAUAUUGUAACGAAUAGAGCCGCAAAAGCUCUUUCUGCUCUCAAGGGAAGAGACAGAGUAAGUGCAGAGGAUAUCGCUAUUGUCAUUCCUAACUGUUUGAGACACCGUCUUCGAAAGGAUCCGUUGGAGUCCAUAGACUCGGGUUUACUUGUCAUUGAGAAAUUUUAUGAGGUAUUCAGAUGAACAUGGUUCAACAUGACCAGUCUUCUCUAGCCUUGAAUGUGAGCAAGAUUAUGAAGUUCCUAGCCUGGUUCUGUCUCUAGUUUCUUCCGUAUGUUUAGUCUGCCGGUGUAAUGAAGAUUAAUGAGGAAAAACAUGAUCUUGAGAGGCCUCAAAAUGAAGAUUAUUCAACAAUGAACAGCUUAUUAUAUAACCUUGGCUCCUUCAUUAGCAUUGUAAAGACAGUUUGUAUUUUGUUGAAAUGUUGAUAUGUAAGUAUUUUGAAUGAAAUGAUUUUUACACGCAUUUAAGUUUCA